AUGCUGCUCAGCAACAUCGCCCUGUUGCUGGGGUCAUCCCUCAUCAAUGUGAGAGGCGCGCUGCUACCUACUGACCUCAAGGUCCCUCAGCCAAGCGUCUGUGGCCUCCAGGAGCUCUUCUGCUACCACACCGGAACGCCAGCCAGAAACGCGACUCGAAUGGAAGCCGCAAUCGACUACGCCUGCUCCGCAUGGGACGGCCACCAGUUCCCUAAAUCUGAAGGCAAGGAGGGCGUCUCGGAGUACUACUCUCCUCGCACUAACGAGUCCACCGUCUCAAUGGUGGUGCGCAAGACCGGCAGAUUCAACUCGCUAUGCGGCUACAAGGUCCUCAAGGAGACCUGCACAUACUGGCUCAGUAAGCCAUUCGAGUGUCCGAGCCAACAGGGCGGCAACGUCACCGACCUAUGGUGCGGAUUAGAGUGGACGAUCGAUCCAGAUGGCCGCACCCUUGAGGACCUCAGCAAAGGCACAGUCCAGAAGAUGAACUGCUCUGGAAGCUCCGUCAACGGAAGCGCUGUCGUCGCUCACGACGCUACUACGCCCGACCGCGCUGUCAGUGGCAGUAGUGUGACGUUCUACGACGGACCUCCUCUCGAGAGGCGCCAGGAUAUCCCAGACGCCGACAGCGCUGCGUUCUCCACAACUGAUUUCAACGAGGCGAGAUGUUAUGACUCUGGUCACACAUGGACGGCGGAGUGGAUGGUCAAAGGCGCAGACAAGUUCUGCACCUGGGCUAACGCCGAGCCAGUUCAAGGAGGUGGUUAUCUCAACUACACCCAUCACGUUUGCGCCAAUGGCAAAGACUAUAGACAGUGGUUCUCGUUUGAGAACCCAGAUCCCAAGGUGUUCACGCUUAGCUAUGCUGCCUGUCGAAUCUACACUCAACCAUUCAUCGACGACUGCGAUCACACAGACGAUGCACACAAAUCUGUCAAGCAAGGUGGAUGGGGCGUUAGAAGCGCCGGCAUGAAUGGCUACGUCGUCGUUGACGGCGAUCCAGACGUGCACAACGCUGGCAAGGCUGAGGCGGCUCUUGGCAACUGCAACGACGAGUCCUGGGUCAAAUCCCUCUCGAACUACUACGCCAGCGACGAGCUCUCGCAGGAAGACAUGAAGUUCGCCGCCACCCAUGGCAAGCAGUAG